ACACACACACACACACACACACACCCAUACACACGCACACAUCCCGUGUUAAUUUCUCUUUACUAAAUGGAGUUAGUUAAGUGUUCCCCAAAUUUUAAAUGUAUUCCAAAGUUCACUGCUCAAAAGAGUCAAUUUUCUAAAGCAAACCAGAAAAGUAGUUCAAAUUUAGGUUUUGUGAAAGGAUAUUUGAAAAUUUUUGGAAAAAUGAACUCUUUAGCGGUGGUAAAUGCAAGCGAUGGAGGAGUGGAAACGGAGACAGCAGUGGUGGAGAAGCCCCCGAAAACACUACGUCGUUUACAGGUGUUUAGUGGUUAUCCGACGCCGUCUGGUGCUACUACAAAAGACGGUGGGGUCAAUUUUGCUAUCUGUUCAAGCAAUGCCACGUCGGCCAGUCUCUGCUUGAUCAAUCUCUCAGAUUUGCCUGAGCAUCAAGCAGGAAUAGAGAAGCAGAAUCAGAAUCAGAGAAGAAGCAAAAUCAGGGAAGCAAAAGCAAAAGUAGAAAAAAAGAAGAAGAAGCAGAAGCUGAGAAACAAAAGCAGCGAAGAAGAAACAAAACCAGAAGAAGAGAAGAACAUGCAGAAGCAGAGAAGCAGAACUAGAACUAGAAGCAGAAGAGGAGAAGAAAGAGAUAGGAAGCAACACAAGAAGAGAAUAAGAAUCUGCACAAGAAGAGAAGAGGAAAGGAGAGGAGAGAAGAGAACAUACUUCUGUUGUCGAAGAAGAAGAUAG